AUGAGUAUGCAUGCGCGAGAGCUGUGUGUCUUCGUAUUGGGACGUGACCAGGCCUGGGGUGCCUGGAAAGAGAAGAUCCAAGAAACCUGGGCCACCGACCAAACCGUCUUCGUGGACUUUGGGCAGAGUCCUAAGAAGAGCGCGGAGCCGGAGCCGGAGUUUCUUUUGGAGCCGCCUGUGUGCUCCAACUGCACGCCCACGCCUUCCCCUUCUGUACGGCGGCUUCGCCUGCCGGAUCGCACAGAACUUCCAGAGCAUCCAUACACUCGAGGGUUGAGCCUUUGGUCAGCACUGCGCGAGAAGCUUCUGGAUCACUCUAACACUUCCUCAUGGCUGGCUAGCUGCUACUGGCUCAUGCAUGUGGACGGGCGUGCCUACAUCAACGUGAAGCGAGUCGCGCAGAGAUUAAGCUGCGUGAAAGGCUUGCACCCGGAAUAUUACGGGCUGGGCCCUAUGAUCGGACAGGCACGAGUUUCUCUGGCAGAUGAGGCUACCGGAUACAUCCUCAGCCGCAGGUUGUUGUUGAGUCUGCAAUCUGAUUGGGUCCAGAAGUGUGCAGACUACUUGUCGAGCAGCAGUGAUGCCCACGGGUUUGGGUGGAACUGGCCUUCGGGGUUUUAUGUGACGCUCUGUUUGUGGCAGCAGCUCCGUUUGCUCUUACAGCGUCUGGGUGACCCCGAGCAGGAGGUGCUAAUGGCAGUCCCCGCACAGCGUCUCAACUCGCCACUUCAGCGUCUUCGCAACCUGCAUCCUUCUGGACACUGUGUUCUGGUUGUGACAGCGAAGACACCUGCCAACCUGUUGGAAAUUCACCGGCGUGUGCGGCUGGUAGGGUCGUGGGAGGGUCGUGGCCGCGACGUCGUGCGAAACGAGAUCGGGUGUUCCGUACUAUCCAUUUUGGAGCCGAUGGCCCUGGCGCCGCCAUGGAGCUACCGCGUUGCUCGAAAUAUAGCGCGGUGUCCAUUGAAAGUGGCAGUCUCCGAAACAGAGCUGGGGCUCUCGGUUCUGAAGCGCGAACUCUUGGAGCCCUCGCGACCCCAAGGACCUGCUGUGGAGAAGCUGCGUUCAGCUCGGCGCAAGCUCUGCAUUCUGAUACCCACCACAGAUGCAGCCCCGAAGCAGAUAAACAGGGCUGUGGCUGCCGCGGAGACUUGGGCAAAGCCCUACCUUCCUCAUAUCUCGCCGGAUGCACGCAAGGAGUCUCCAGUGCUGGCACUUCUUUACAGUCGCCGCCCCCUCUUCCCGGAGUGGGCCAAUGCCACUCUGUCCUUGAGGGGAGAUGUCGACCUUCGGCACCCCAAGUUUAACGCGCUGCGCUUCAUCUACAUGUGGUUGACUCUUGCGCUGUAUCACUGGUCAGACUGCAUGUUCUUCAUGAAGGCAGACACGGACGCCUACGUGAACGUUCCCAGGCUUUGGGCGACCCUUCGAGCAGUAAACGCAUCAGCAAGGAUCUACGCAGGGCAGGUCACACUAGCGCACGGCCCGGCAUAUGAGAAGUGGACCGAAUUCGCACACGGCCUUGGGUAUGUAUUGAGCCGUGCCGCUCUUCGCAGUGCAGUGCCAGGCCUGAGGCGCUGCAUGAAUCAGCUCUUGAACGUGAGACUUGAAUCAAUCGAAGAUAUGCUCUUGGGGGCUUGUUUGCGACAUGCCAAGAUCUAUCCUGUCGAAUUGGGCAAGAUUAUCUUCGAUUUCAAAAUGACCAACGAACGUCUUGACGGGGUUGUGAAAGAGGCACUGGUAACACACCGGGUGGAAGCGCAGGAGAUGUAUGUACUGCAUGAUGCGGACGGCAGCAACGAGUCUUGUCUUCCCCAUGCCUGCUGUCCGGAUCAGCCGCUGGUGGCGCGGGACAUUGGGACGGCCUGGCAAGCAGGGAUCAGUGAGGAAUGGCUCAUGCCAAGAGGCAGCUGCGAGAGAAUUCAACGAGCCUGGAGAUCGAGACGGAAGGUGCCGAAGGCGAAGACGGUGCAGGCGGUGCAGGUGCCAGAGCCAGAAACGAGGAAAGCCGGGAAGGACUCGGAGCGCUCCGCGAUCGACGCGGUUCUGGCUGAAUUUGCGGUUUACACAGGUGCUGAGCCUCAAAGCCGGGCAGCAGCACUCUGGCAGGGCUGCAAGCUGAGGCGCGCGCUUGCAACUCGAGCAGUGCAAGCAAAACUGCAGCUCAGGCGCGAUCUUUACUGGUUGAUAGUUGAUGUCGAAUCCCGCCAUCCGCCCAAAGUGCAGGUGCAGGACCCCCAUGUGGGGCCUUGGCUGGAUGUGCUCUAUGCUGGCCUGAGCAAGCUGCAAAGUGAGGCUCUGGCCGAGCUUGCUGCCGCUCUUCACGGCCGCCGCCUCCCUCUUGGCAGGGCAUUCGAGGGUGCUUUAGCCUCAUUGCCUCAUUCCUCAGUAGUCUACGCCCUGCACAUCUCCAUCUCUGCACGACCGCCUCCGAUGCCGGCCGAGCUUGCAGACCUGGACCGAUCCUGUGGCUCCUCGGUGGACAAUCGACGGUGCGAUGACGUAUUUGAAACUGUCUUUCAGUCUGAGUUGCCACCAAGGCACGAUGCCAGCUCCUUCCUGGCAUUGCGGCCAAUAGCACCAGAAGAACACUUGGUCGGGCGCGAUCUUCAGCUGCGGGUGGCCGCAGGGGUGAACAGCAGCAUGGCAGCGUCCCUCAUCGGAUUGAUUGCCGGAAAGCUGUGCUGCAAAGACAGACGAUCGAAGACAAAGGAUGGGGAGGUGAGAAUGAAGAGCUCUGCCUCCGAUUCUGAGCUCGAGGUGGUGGUCUCCAUGGGCCAGUCCGAGGCCGAGUCUGAGGCCGAGUCCCAGGCCGAGCCGGCGUUUCAGGCCAUUCUGGCCGUCUACGUCAAGCUGGUCUUUCACUCGACAGCUGUCACCGUAGUGUGGCCGAAGCUGGAGACCCGAGGCCCAGCGAGGCCGACCUUCCGCGGUUGGCCCAAGGACUUGCGACGCCUGCCGCGGCUGGUGACCAGGUCACCGAUUGAAGUCGGCGAGCUUUGCUCUCAGCACAGACAAGACCCCGCCGUGCAUUGUCAGCGAGGUCUGCACGGGAACCGGAAGCCGACUGCCGUGGACACUCUGUCUGCAUCUCAGCAAGCAUCUGAAUGCUUGCACAAGUCUGAGAAUGUUGAUUCAACUGUGCUCACAGUCUCCACUGCCCCGCCCCCGUCGCCGGUGCGUCGCAAAGAGGAUGAAGGCACCUACCGCUACCGCCGUGCGGCUUUCGCGCGGGCGCGGAAAAGCUUGGAUCGCAUCAGGACUGAGGCGACGGACGCUGACGAGCCCCUGACGGCAGCUGGAGAGAAGGUUCGCGGUGCUUUCGCAUCCAUGCGGAAGGGUGUCCAUGCUGCCCUGAUGUUGAAGCGGGUCGUGGAGGUGCAACCAUCCGGGUCCCGGCAGAUGGCGGAUGCAGGCAAUGACGCAGGAACGGGCCUGACAGUGGGAAGGCUGCUGCGACGAGGCUCCAGGGACAGCGGAGAUCCCCAAACUUCGACGAGCUUCGGUAGCAUCUUGCCCGAGGACUCGUUGAGGCAACGAAAGGAAAGCUUGGGAUGCCUGCUCCAAGGUGAGGUGCGGCAAGGUCGCAGACCAUCAGGACACAAUCCCUUGCUUCAGCUUAGCAUCUUCGGCACGAGGACCGCAACUACAUCUUUGGAGGAGUCGCUGGAGAGCCCCUCGAAGGUCAGGCAAGCUGAAAAGAGUACGGCACGACGAAGGCGGCGGCGAAAAAAAGCAGCGGAUGACGGCAGCGGUGGCACCGGAAGCGAAGACGAAGACGAUAGUAAAGAGGACGGUAAACACCGCAGACGAAGGCGCAAUGGGGAAGAGGAGGAUGUUGGCGACAGCGACCCUCAGGAGGUUGGUCAAGGCAGGUCUCGACGUCGAGGGGGACGGAAAGAUAGGAAGGCGGACCAUGGCGACGAUGUCCUUCCCCAGAGUCCCGAUGAGCCCUUAGACAAGUUGCAGGAGAAACGCAGACCAGGCCGUCGAGCAGGGGCAGGGAGCCGGACGAGUCCUGGCGAGGGUCCUCUCAGCGAGGAUGAGAGUGGCAAUGAGGAGGAUUCCGACAGCAACACCGACAGCGAGGAGGGCGACUACUUUGACACAUGGGACGGUGACUAUCCAGAUAAGCCAGACAAGAGGAGAUAUCUGAUUCCGAACAGCUCGGAAGUCUCCUUGGCAGAGACCGUGCAGUCGUCGUACUUCCUACCAAGGUGUGCCCAGAAGUCUCUCCGCUUCGGCCAGCGGCGCUCAGCCCGGAGGCCCGGUUUGGAGCUCCGCGAGCUGGAGGCGAAGGGGCUGGCGAAGCACCGCGGCGCCUUGGAACUGGAGAUGCGCGACUGCCUCCUCGAGCUGCAGGCAGGUUGCGACGAGCUGUCCGACAGCGCGGUCUUUGGAUGGCCUGGGAAGGAGCUGUUACGGCUGCACCGGCUCUGUCGUUGCGCUGUGCUCGGCCUCUGCGGCGUUUACAAGGAGUUGCUGGCGGCGGAGCGCCCACGAACCCCACUCGGCCUGCUUCAGGAGCAGGCCCAGCUGCACGAGAUGCUGCGCGUGUGUCGAAAGGCCGCUCGCCGUGUCGCCGAGCUGCGCCGCCUCUGUCAAAGUAAGGAUUGGAAGUGGCUGAAGACUGAGCACGGACCGUGGGAGCAGCUUUCGGCCCCCAUCGCCUCGCCACGCCCCACUGUGAGGGCGAACAUGAAGAUGCGCCCAGAGAAGCAGAGCCAGGAUGCUUCACCUCGUGCAGCGGAGUGGCACACGGCCUCUGUCGAGUCCUUGGACCGUCUCCAGAACUCCAUUGGAGACUGGUCCAAGUCUCUCACAGGAUCCACCGAAUCUCUCCGCACCUGGAACGACGACUUCCGGCUAUUUCCCAGGUUCUGCCAGGACACGUUGCAGGAAGCGAAGCAGUCGCGAAACCGCUGGUCCCAAGAGAGGGAGCGCCUUUCUCUUUGUGGCCCUUAUCAGACAGGUCAGUGCUCUGGUUGCUGUCCUCAUGGUUUGCAGCAUCGCUGUGUGCACUGCAGAGGCCGCCACCCUGGUAAGAACUGCAACCCAGCGAAGGUUUCAAGGUCAGUGGAGGGCCGGCCCUCCAGGAAGCCAGCCAGGCAGACUGUCAGCGAGGCGCGACGAGGAAGUGGGGCUGGCAAGCCGCGGUCGGAACCGAAUCCAGGCUGGGCGUCUUGGGACCACCCAAGUGACCAUGACCAGGAGGAGCUGGAGGUUUUGGGGAAGACCGACCAAGGGCACCUCCAGGCCGAGCUCAUCAAGCGCGCCAACCAAGCCGUGAAGAGCUUGAUGCUGCUCCUGGCCCGGCUGCCAAGCGCCGCCCGCGUGGACGACUUCCCGCGGCUGGCGGCCUUCGUGCGCUCCUUCGAGGAGCAGCCCAAGGCAGCAAAGUCCCAAGCUAUGCAGGCAAGGACACCAGAGUUCUUGAUGGUUGGGGUCGGGCCUCCAUGA